CAUCCCCCUUGGAAUGGGAAAGAAUUUGCACAGCCUGUUUUCUUCCUGGUUGUAAAUAUAUGAACCAAGCCAGAACAACAGUAAUCCAAUAUAAAAACUCUAAUGGUAUUAUACCUCGUUCAGUUUGCAUGACUUGUUUUGCCAAUUCAGUAAAAAUUGCACGGUUCCUUUCCGGUUUUAUGGUAAAGGAUUCUAAUAAGAGAUUUUUAUGACGUCACGUGGUGGUAUUCUCUUUGCAAAAUUACGAGUCAUCGUGAAUCGGCUAAAAUGUUAGGAAUUCUAGAACAUUUGCUUCUCAGAACAUAUGUAAUGCUUAUUCUAGAACCGUUGCAAUAUUUAUUCUUGCGAAUUACGCAAUGCUUAGAAAUCCUGAACAUUUUCUUAAACCAUCUAGAAUAUUCUUUGCGAACGAUCCCAAAAGCCAGGGCUGAAAUUUUAGUAGAGAGUUUUUAGUUGGUUGGUGUAGAUGUUUCACUAGAUAUCUAAACUACUGUGAAAUUUUUCGUUUCUACGUCGUUUUCUCUGGGUCAGGUAUACCAUCGUUGAGCUUUUGGACACAAGCAAGGGUCUAAGCCGAUACUACAUACCUCAAAGCCCUCGAGAAUUAUUUUGGUGUUACGGGAACCCAGGGCCAGUUCCCCGCAAAAGCGACAAUACAUACCAAGCGGGUAGCUUAUUUGGGAACCCCCCCCCAUUCACCCCUAUUAUCACAUUCAAACUGCCGUAACUGGUUUUCCCUGAUAUCAAAACACGGUACUCGUACUUAUUGUAUCCAUGGCAUUGACGCAAAUUUAUUGUUCAAUCGUUUCCCACACGCCAAGAAUUUCAUUUGUCUGGGCGAUUCUAAGUAUUUGCAGUGGCAUGGUUGCAUCACAUUGCAGAGGUUAAAAACAGGCCUAAGUUCAAACAACAGGGCAAUAUAUAAACCUAAGGCAAUUUCAAACCAUUCCAGCAGCACCACUUCGAAAAUCACAGUUAAAGAGCAGCUUAACUUGGUUUAUCAUUGGCCACAGUGGAAUUGAUGCAGGAUUAAUUCUGCAGGAUUCGCACCGUCUCGGAAAUUGCCGCCAGAUGCCUCCGUCACAUCUACAACACACGCCCCCCAGCUCACGAACGCCCAGCCCAAAGCCGGCGCCAUUCAGUGAUACAGUGUUCCAGUUCGAUAUGGGCCUACAGGCAUACAACCACUUCAACCCAAUAACACCGCCUCCCAGUGCCGGAUAUGCUGCAAGUGACUCAUACUCCUCCUCAGUGUCAAGUAGCCGCAGCAGCAUGCGAGCCUCACCUGUCACCCCUCCAUCAGACAUGGUUGCCAGUUUGCUACAAGAUCCGAAAUGGAGUCCCACUGGACAGCUUUGUGCUCCUCAGCACAGCAAAAUGGACAGGGACAAGAAAUCAGCAAUGAGAAUGGAAGCAGCAGCAUCAACAGAGCCUUCUCUUACCUGGAGUGGCCAGCUUCCGCCACGUGCUUACAAGAAUCCUACUUACUCUGCUAAAGUCUUUCUUGGUGGAGUUCCGUGGGAUAUCACAGAGGCCGGUCUGCAGCAAGCGUUCCGGCGCUUUGGACCUGUCAAGGUAGAAUGGCCAGGCAAAGAGGGCAAGCAAAAUCGCCAUCCGCCGAAAGUUUUGACUUCCUCCCCUCCUAAAGGCUACGUCUAUCUGCUGUUUGAAAGCGAGAAGUCUGUCAAGGCGUUGCUAAGCGACUGUACCCAUGACUACAGUAAUGGCGGAGAUUGGUAUUACAAGAUCUCAAGCCGAAGAAUGCGCUGUAAGGAGGUUCAAGUCAUUCCAUGGGUAUUAUCAGACAGCAACUGCUCAAGAAAUGUCACUCAGAAGUUGGAUUCAAGCCAAACUGUGUUUGUUGGUGGUUUGCACGGCAUGAUAAAUGCAGAGGCACUUGCCAUAAUAAUGAAUGACCUCUUUGAUGGAGUGGUGUAUGCUGGGAUUGAUACUGACAAGCACAAAUACCCAAUCGGUUCAGGCCGGGUAACAUUCAACAACAGAAGGAGUUACAUGAGUGCUGUGCAUGCUGCCUUUAUCGAGAUUAAGACGCCAAAGUUCACAAAGAAGGUUCAAAUUGAUCCGUAUUUGGAAGAUUCCAUGUGCAGUACAUGCCAUAUUCAUCCUGGUCCAUUUUUCUGCCGUGAUCCGGAAUGUUUCCGGUACUUUUGCCGGUCUUGUUGGGGAUGGCAUCACUCUAUUGCCAGCCUCAGAAUGCAUCGACCGAUGACGAGACACAGCAAGAAUUCUACUCCAACAUAUUAAGGUUUUGCACAUGAAGCUCAGAACCUUGGUGAAUAAGUGAAAGACUCGUUGAAUUGCCAAGCUAAUAGAAAAGCUGGACUAUAACAAUGCUGAUUUUGAGAUCAUUGAAAACAUUCGUAAAUUGGUGAGUUAAAGACCGCUUCAUAGAUCAAAGAUCAUUUAUUUUAAAACUUCUAUAUGCUAUGUGAGGCUUUUAGCUAAAAAUUAUUUUAAACAGCAUAUUUCAACGUCUUCAAAUUAUAGAUGAAAAACCAUUUAUGUUUAAUACGUAUAUCGAAACCGUGUAGGUCAAAGGUCAUUUUUUUUAAUCAUACAUACGCCUUGUGAAUGUUGGUAGGCCAAAGUUCAAAGGUCAUUAUUUCCUUUGCUGUUAUUUGGAAUGAUAGGAGCAAAAGGCAUGAUGGGAGGACCUCACUUUUUGGCAGUUGAAGCCAAUAAUCGACGAGCUUGUAAAUGAAUUAGUUUUGAGGGUUUGAAUGCUCCAAUGACCCUUUUAAUGUUGCCUCGUAUUGAAUAAUGAGCCUCUCUUCAUUCCUCUGUGUCUAUUUGCUUUUCUUAAGUAAAGGAAAUGUUGCCUGAAAAAGGCUCUACCAAGUGGCGUAACGCAGAUUAGGGCAUCUUAAUUUGACAACUAGACGGACUCAAAUUCACCUCACUUUCAGAAACUUUUAAGUUCUUCGACUUUAUCUUAUUCAACUCUGCUGCCCCUAUUUAAAGAAAAAAGCAAUCAUUUUUAGAUCUUGCUGUUGUGUUUGACAUUCACUAUAGCGUUGAAUAGGAUUUUCCUGCAGGAUUCCCGCGUUAAGAGGAGUGGAAUCCCGUGUUAAGAGAUGUCCCGCGUUACGCCACUGGCUCUACCCGAAUUUAUUGGCCUUAUAUUUUAAUUGCAGAUACAAUUGCUUUUUAAGAUAUUAACUGAGAUUUAUUGUUACGAAUGGAGCGCUAUUUUUGAAUAUAUUUUUAUCAAUUUUUUAGACAAUAUUAGUUGUUACCUAUUUAUCUUAACUGUAUUUUUUUAUUUCUUAAUUCGCAUCGAUUUACCCCCGUGUAGUUUGUAAAUAGAAUAUUUAAUUUUACCGUGAAUUUGUUUAUUGCUGGAGGUGAAGUGGAAUUAAUUUUAAUUUUGAUUUGUUUAAUUCUUAUACUUUUAUACAGUUGUUUCCAGUGACUAAGUUUAGAAAUAUGGUACGUCUUCAAAUUUCCGGUACAUCUAAGGCUAAAUUUUCAGUUGAUAAAAACUUAGAAUUUUGAUUCAAAUAUUUAAAAGAACGCCCUAACUGAAUCUGUAUCACCAAAGUAAAUGAUCCUGACUCAUUUAAGUUUUCACUAAACUUAGAAUUUUAAUUCAAAGGGACGUCCUAAUUGAAUCUGUAUCACUAAAGUAAAUAAUCCGACUCAAGUUUUCUAAAAUUAUAAUUCUUUUGGCAGAUAGUAUCUAGAAGAUACUGAAUCCUAACAACUUUUUACUACAAAAAAAGAAAAAAAUUCAAGGAAACUAUUUUACUUUCUUUUUAAUAUUACAAAAAUUUGUAGCAAAUAAAAAUGCUAAAGUUGCCAUGAGAGACGCCUGUAGUUUCUGCUCCACAGUAUUUUGCGGUCCUUGAUCACAAAUAAUUACAAAUUUUAGCUCUUUUAGCUAUUAAGAUGGCCAUGUUUUUUUAAAUAAAUACGCUUCAUUAGCAAUUUUAAGCCAUAAUCCGCCAUGCUGGCAGUUUUAAAAUUUAGUUUAGAGUGGCACAAGUAAUUAGAAUGCUUGUUAAUAGAACUCAUCGCUUGUAAAAUCGUAAAAAUAAUUGUGUAUUUGGAGGUCAUGUCUGAUGACAAAGGUCACGGGUUAGGUUUGGCCACAAGGUCAAAGUUCGGGGUCAGAGGUCAUGGUCAAAGGUCAAUGAUGAGUCCAAAGGUCAUAUUUUGAUGCUUUUAACGUUAACGUCAUAUAUUCAGUGCAGCUAGACUGCAUGUAAGGUCGCUUAGCAGUCCAUUAUAUCGUUCAUGUUACUGUUUAUCGUUUUAUUCUUGUAAUGCAAUAGGCUGGUUUUAAGACGUCUAGAGGUGGGGAAACUGACACGAAAAGGCGAAUACAAACCAAUUUUAAAAGAUAGAUUUUACGUGGAAUAAGGCUUUGAUUAAGAUAUCCUCAUAUUUCUAUUAACAUACAAUGGGUCAACUUUCAGUCUGCCCAGCUUGACAGCUCAUUCAGAUGUUUUGCUGUAUGUUUACCCCCCUGCUUUGCACGUGCUGUCCCUUCGUCCGUUUUCCUUCUAGUUACCCGUAGUUAUUCCAUCAGAGCUAGCUACCGCAGUUGACAAAACACUGUUUUGCUUAACGUGUACCCCCUGCUUUGCAAGUGUUGCUUCUAGUUCCCAGUAUAGUGUGCAAGUGUUGCCACCGGGGGUCGCUACUGCAAUUGGCGAUACACUUUUUGGCCCUUGAUGUUUUUUACAAAGAUGUUACUUUGUCGUUUACUUUGUCGCAUAAAACAAAUUGGCUACGUUUUUAAUUUCGCUUUUAAAUCGGACAUAACGUUUAUGUGGUCGAUUAGUAUUGUAUUUCAAAUUUAUUUUUAACUGCAUUGUAAUAUUUCAGUUAAGCUAGUUAGCCAGUCGUUUUACGGAGAUUAUUUCCAGCACAUUGGAAAUUUUCCAAGUCCCUCAGAAGCUAUACCCCAAAAAUUCUUUUUUAUGACGUCAACCCUUGCUAUCUACGCAGAGAAAGUCUGUAGAGUGACGUCAUAAUAUUUGAUUGACCUCAAAAUGUUAAUGACGUCAUAAAGUCUGUUCUUAGAGUUCUUGGUUUUCACAAAAUGGCAUUAAAAAAGCACUGCCUGAAAUAUGGUCGAAUAAGCCGAAACUCUUUUCCCACCAAUGUAACUUGGCCUUGGUACUUCAAUAUAUCCUGUCUUUUACACACCACAUUUGGAUUUAUUUCAUCGUAUUUUCUCUAAUUAUGUGAUCAAAUUCGUAAAAUUCUAAAAAUAGAUUUUAUGACGUCAUCACUAUAACUAUCGCGACCUAUGGAAGAUAAGGCCGACGUCCGGAGAUACCUUUCGGACAUAUUUGGACAGACUGGCAAACUGGCAUAUGACAUAUGAGCUCUCUUUUAUCGCAUGUUACCUUUAAAACUACUUUAAACGUUUUUCAUAGAUAUAGUUACCUAAUAUAUUUUGAAGUUUUGGACAUUUUCGCUCAGUAACUUAAAAGCAGGCUGAGUUUUUAUUGUAUGAAUUUUGAGAUGAAUUGUUUUUGGACAUUUUCGGAUUGACUAAAAUAUCCAUUCGUUUUUAGCAAUUUAAAUUUAGCAGAGUUAGUUUGGAGAUCUUGUAGUUGUAUAGUUGAUACAAAAAUUUGUUUCA